UUCUCUCUGCACAGAUUUCCGGUCUGUUUUCCAUCCAUCCCUCAUACUAGAAGCCUUAUAGUGUUGUGUUAUUCGUCGUAUUGGGUUAUAUAAAAAUCAUUGGGAAUUUUCUAGGGUGCGAAGUUAUUUCUUGAAACACACACACACACACACACACACACACACACACACACGUAUGUGUAGGCUAUUUAGAGAGGAUACAUGGAUGUGUUACUGAAUGUGUUUGUGCGUGCGACGAGCGCCCCUGGCGUGCCAUGAAGAGAGAGGUCGCUGCCGUGGGUUGAUGUUUGUCAUUCUAAGAUAUUUUCUGAAUCCCUGAUGGAUAUUUUUCCUUUGGAUAUUUUUGUGCUUUCCUUGAUGCUAAAAGAACGCUCCUGGUCUGAUGUGUGAGUGAGGUGAGCGCCGCCCUAUUGGCACGGGCAGACACGAUGACCCAUGGUCAGGUGGUCAACGGGAUCUCUGGACAGUGUACAGCCACGCUCAAGGUCGCUGGGGCGAAGAAGUCCACCCCGGCUCGCCACGGACGCUGUAUAUUCCUCGUCACCUCUGUGGUCAGCCUGGCCGUUAUCUUCGCCAUCAUCAAACGAGCGGAGAUGCCCAAGGUCGCCUUGCCCCAGUUCCUGGCGCGGCCGGCGCUGGUCAGUUCACAGGGGUCCCUGGACCACUCGCAGAGCGGCGGGAAAAUAAAUGGGUCACAGCUAGACCUUGAACUUCUGAAAGAACUGGUGCAGGUCAACGUCUCUCUCCUCCCGCCUUUGCCAGAACUACCGGGGAACCUGGAGCACUUGUUCAGGGGCCAGUUGGCACCGAAAGAUCUGGAGACGAUAUCGGAGACUCUGUGGAAGUUCCAGACCAUUAUGGCGCAGGCAAAACUGACCUACUUUAUUUAUAAGGUAACAUCUGUAGAACAAAAAUGUAAAAAUAACGUUAACAGUCCCAUCCCGUCAAAUGACACCUGCAGGUACAAGUUCUACUCCACGUCUGCCAACCCCAUCAAAAAGAUCGCGUGGCGCGCCCCCUUCGUAGACGUCAGCUUCUACCGUGAGAACGCGACCCACUUGUGGGACAUAACCAUCCCCAAACAGGCGCCGUUCUCCAAGUCCCACGUCUUCCCGCUGACCCGGCGACCCCUGAUGGGUCACUUGUACCCGUCCCCCAGGGACCCCCGACCCGUGCUGCAGCUGACCUACUCUCUGGAUGUGUGCCAUACAGGUUUCUACAACCAUACAUCGGAGCGGGUCAAAAAGAAGAGUGAGAUAGGCCAGGUGGCGUGCGCAGCGCUCAUCCACACAGUUCCCUUUGUUCAGCACGUGCGUGGGCCAGGCGGGGCGUGGUGCAAAGAGGUACUCACUCUAGGAGACAGUGUUGUGAACACAUUUGUGCGGAGCGCCAUAGACAUCCCUGUCUGUUGAACUGUCUUUGCCUCAAGGACGUUAAAUAGGGUGGGGGUUGUUUAACCCUAUCCGUACGCCCUGGGAUCAUUUUGUACCCCCGGGGUUGUAUUCUUUACAUUUAAGAA